CGACCCGCCCGGCUCCCGGCUCCCGGCUCGGCUCGGCUCGGCUCCGCUGACCCGGACAGAGUGAGGCGCCGCGCCCCGCCGCGCCGCGCACGGAGACAUGUACCCGGGAGCCGCCGCCGCCGCCGCCGGGCCGGUGCUUGCACCUCCUCCACCGUUGCCACCUCCAAUACAGGGAUAUGCCUUUAAACCUCCCCCUCGACCGGAUUUUGGUACUUCAGGGAGAACAAUCAAACUACAGGCCAAUUUCUUUGAAAUGGACAUUCCUAAAAUUGACAUCUACCAUUAUGAAUUGGAUAUAAAGCCAGAGAAAUGCCCUAGAAGAGUUAACCGAGAAAUUGUGGAGCAUAUGGUUCAGCACUUUAAAACACAGAUCUUUGGGGAUCGUAAACCAGUAUUUGAUGGAAGAAAAAAUCUUUAUACAGCUAUGGCGCUUCCUAUUGGGAGGGAGAAACAGGUGGAGUUGGAGGUCACACUGCCAGGAGAAGGGAAGGACAGGAUAUUUAAAGUGGCUAUCAAAUGGAUGUCCUGCGUGAGUCUGCAGGCUUUACAUGAUGCUCUUUCUGGUCGGCUGCCAAGUGUUCCUUUCGAAACCAUCCAGGCACUGGAUGUUGUGAUGAGGCAUUUGCCUUCCAUGAGGUAUACCCCUGUGGGGAGGUCUUUUUUUACUGCCUCUGAAGGGUGCUCAAAUCCUCUGGGUGGUGGCAGAGAAGUUUGGUUUGGAUUCCAUCAAUCAGUCAGACCUUCACUGUGGAAAAUGAUGCUUAACAUUGAUGUGUCUGCAACAGCGUUUUACAAGGCACAGCCAGUAAUUGAGUUUGUAUGUGAAGUUUUGGAUUUCAAAAGUAUUGAAGAGCAACAGAAACCUCUGACAGAUUCCCAAAGGGUAAAGUUUACCAAAGAAAUAAAAGGUCUAAAGGUGGAGAUAACACACUGUGGACAAAUGAAGAGAAAAUACAGAGUAUGCAAUGUCACCAGACGACCAGCAAGUCACCAAACAUUCCCACUUCAGCAGGAGAAUGGACAGACAGUUGAAUGCACUGUGGCUCAGUAUUUUAAGGAUAGGCACAAGCUGGUUCUGCGCUAUCCUCAUCUUCCAUGUUUACAAGUUGGACAAGAGCAGAAACACACAUACCUUCCUCUUGAGGUGUGCAACAUAGUGGCAGGACAGAGGUGUAUAAAGAAACUGACAGACAAUCAAACUUCCACUAUGAUACGUGCAACAGCAAGAUCAGCACCUGACCGCCAAGAAGAGAUAAGCAAAUUGAUGCGAAGUGCAAGUUUUAAUACUGAUCCUUAUGUUCGUGAAUUUGGAAUAAUGGUCAAAGAUGAAAUGACUGAUGUGACUGGUAGAGUCCUGCAACCUCCUUCAAUCCUUUAUGGAGGCAGGAAUAAAGCAAUUGCUACCCCAGUUCAAGGAGUCUGGGAUAUGAGGAAUAAACAGUUUCACACUGGAAUUGAAAUCAAGGUUUGGGCAAUUGCCUGCUUUGCUCCCCAACGCCAAUGCACUGAAGUUCAUCUUAAGUCUUUUACAGAACAACUGAGGAAGAUAUCAAGAGAUGCAGGAAUGCCAAUCCAGGGGCAGCCAUGUUUUUGCAAAUAUGCCCAGGGAGCAGAUAGUGUGGAACCCAUGUUCAGACAUUUGAAGAACACCUAUGCCGGGUUACAGCUUGUUGUAGUUAUUUUGCCAGGGAAGACUCCAGUUUAUGCGGAAGUAAAGCGUGUUGGUGAUACUGUACUGGGGAUGGCUACCCAGUGUGUUCAGAUGAAAAAUGUGCAAAGAACAACACCGCAAACUUUGUCCAAUCUUUGUUUAAAGAUCAACGUCAAAUUAGGAGGCGUAAAUAACAUUUUACUGCCACAGGGAAGGCCACCAGUGUUUCAGCAGCCUGUUAUAUUCCUUGGCGCAGAUGUCACUCAUCCACCAGCUGGAGAUGGAAAAAAGCCUUCCAUUGCUGCAGUCGUUGGUAGUAUGGAUGCUCACCCUAAUCGAUACUGUGCCACUGUUCGUGUCCAGCAACACCGUCAAGAAAUCAUCCAGGAUUUGGCUGCCAUGGUCAGGGAGUUACUUAUUCAGUUCUACAAAUCAACCAGAUUUAAACCAACUCGCAUUAUUUUCUACAGAGAUGGCGUUUCUGAGGGGCAGUUUCAACAGGUUCUCCAUCAUGAACUGUUGGCUAUCAGAGAAGCAUGCAUUAAAUUAGAAAAGGACUACCAGCCAGGAAUUACAUUUAUUGUUGUGCAGAAAAGGCAUCACACGAGACUCUUCUGUACAGACAAAAAUGAACGGGUUGGAAAAAGUGGAAACAUUCCUGCAGGUACGACAGUGGACACAAAAAUCACCCAUCCAUCAGAAUUUGACUUUUACCUGUGUAGUCAUGCUGGUAUUCAGGGAACAAGCAGACCUUCUCACUACCAUGUCCUUUGGGAUGACAAUCGUUUCUCUUCGGAUGAACUGCAGAUUCUCACCUACCAGCUGUGUCAUACGUAUGUACGCUGUACUCGUUCUGUCUCCAUCCCUGCACCAGCAUACUAUGCACACCUGGUUGCCUUCAGAGCCAGGUAUCAUCUGGUGGAUAAAGAACAUGAUAGUGCUGAAGGAAGCCACACGUCUGGUCAGAGUAAUGGCAGAGAUCAUCAAGCACUUGCUAAAGCAGUUCAAGUUCACCAGGACACAUUACGUACCAUGUACUUUGCUUGACAUGUUUUAAUGUUUAGCGAUUCGGUAGAGUUGGAUUCACAUGAGACCAGCUGCACUUAGACUAACAGUUGCCCAAGCUACACUGACAGCCAGCAAUGAGUGAUGCAUCUGUAUUUUAUUUUUUCCAUUUUCAAGAAGGCCUUCCGUCCAGAAUUUCUGACUUGAUUUCUGAACUACAGACUUGUACAAAACCUCACAAUUGUUGGAAAUGUGGUUUGCCAAAUCUUUAAGCUGCUUGUCAGAAAACAGACCCAAGUUUUACAGUUGUGAUCAAGAGCUGUGAUCUCAGGGCUAGAAAUGAAACAAAAUUCAUCAUUUAGUUUCCUAUUCAUUUUAAUUGUUUUUAAUUUGGAAAUACCUGAUUUAUAUCAAACUUGAUGGGCUAAAAUGCUGUGAGCUUGCUUUUAAUACAAAAGAAAGCAAAGCACUCUGAAUAUUUAUGAAGCUUUGAUUAAUCUGGGUGCUUUUACAAAAGUUUUUAUUUUCAAACUGAAAAAAAAAAAAGAGAAUUCUGGUCCUCAACUGUCUUACAAAGAUAAUUUUCUGUGUCUAAGGGCAAAUGUAUUUUUUGAAGUUUGUUCUUGAAUGUCUUUUAUUGUGCUGCGUUUAAAGAUGUUUUUCAUAGAGUGAAUUAUGAAAUUAAAAAAGGAAACUUGUAUCUAAACCUUUAAUAACUACAGUUAGAUUGGCAAAAGAAAAUGUGCCAUUUAAAAAUAUUGUAAAGAGUUUUUUAAAUCAUACUGACAGCUAAUUAUAGAAUUUGUCCUAUAGGGCAGUGACACUUACUUACUUUCCAAAGUUUCUAAAGAAUACGGGUCUGUGGUGAUACAGUACAAUCCUUUUUCACUGUUUUAUUUGAAUUAAUGUAAAUUUUAUAUGUUUCACAGUAUUAAUGUGAUAGACUAGAGGCUAUUAUUUAUUUUUAUUUACUAAGGAGUGCUCAUCGUAUUUCUGUUAACAUAUCAAGAAUGCUUUGGAUUUUAGACAUUAAAACCUUAGAGUGGGGAUGUUACUAUUCAAAUACAGUAAUAUGCAAUUGGCUUUGAUGUAACAGUUCAGAGAUGCAUUCAGUGUAUAUUUUAUAGCUUGAAAUUUCUAGAAAGACUCUUUACGUGUGCACACAACAUGGCAGGUUUUACCUGUCUAGUUCAAAAAUGCGCACAUGAGACCAACAUUCAACAUCCAUUCAAGCACAAAACAUUUUUUUAUUUAUGUGUUCAUUUUCGGUGAAGCAGCAUUUUUAAUAGACUAGAGUGAUUUACUGGUUAUAACUAGGCAAAAAUUAUAGAAUCUAUGCAGUAAAAAUAACUCUUAGGAAACUGAAGUUUACUUGUGGAGGAAGGUGAAAGUCUGUUUUGUAUAAGGUCAAUAAUAAGUUGAAAUUUUUUGGCGGGGGGUUGCCAUUCUCUUAGAAGAAGCAUUAACUGAACUGAUAGUUAUUAUACAUGCGUGCUUGUUAGUUUGCACACUGGGUUCAUAUAAGUCAGAAUACAUGUAAAAAACCAUUGCACUACCUUUGACAGCAUAAACUAUUUUAGAAGAGGGUGGGUAAAAAUUUGCAAAGUUGUUUGCUGAUUUUUGUUUAAUAUUUUUGUAGGUUAAAUCAAAUACUUGUUAAGCACAGAGACUUUUUACUUAUACUCUCUUCUACUGAUUCAUUUAGCUUUCUCUUUCCUCUUUUUCCUUUAGCCAUUUAGCCACUGUUGCAAGCACAUUUACCUCCAGCCACUGAGGUGGAAAAUAGCUUUAUCCAGUACUAGUGUCCGUGCCAUAUUAUGGAUAGACUAGGACUGGUUGCUGUUGAAUAAGCCAGAAAAUAUCCAACCUUUGCUGCCUGAAAGAUUUAGGUGCAUAGCAUUGUGUACAUAUUCAGGUCUGCUCCUCAGCUCAGUAUGCCGUUGCCUGUGUUGUUCAGUUGAAACAAAAGUGUAAGUUCACCUGAUAGCUGAGUUCAAUUUACAUUGUCCUAAUUUUUUAUUCCUGUCUUUCUGUUGAAAUUAUUGGGUCAGAUUCUGCUCUCAGUUAAAGCCAGGCUUAUCCAGAGUUACUCUUGAUAAUCCUGGUAAAACUGAAAACGUAAUUAAUCACAUUUUCUGUAUCUUUCUGUUCUCUACUCGGAUUGCAAAUGCCUCUAUUGAAACAAAGAUGAGUAACCAGCAAUAGCUCUUCCAUUACGGGCAUGCUGCACUUUCCUGUCUGGUAUUUGAGGUGUAGAAAUUGAUUGAGCAUUUUAAUUUGGCAGUUAGUGGUAUGAAUUAUUUCUUAUAACUAAAGUGUUAGCCAUUUAUUUGAAAUACUGUUGGCUUUUCAUUACAGUUUAGCCUCUGAGGGUGUUGUUCAUCUUCCUCUUUCUCCUCUGUACAAACCUGGGGCAGAGAUGAGCAACCCCAUGAGGUUAGAAGGGUGCAAUCCACUUCAGUCCCACAUCCUGAACUCAAGCAGGCGCAAGGCUGGGGUGUAGUCGUUCACGUCUCCUGUUCCAUCCCCUGGGAUAGAAUAACAGCUGCUGCUCUGUAACGGGACUGCCUGGCUGCUGGAUUGGUGUGCAGAUACACUAGCUCUCGCCCCCCGCCUCCCCUUCUACAAAAGAUGUUAACAUACAGCCCAAAUAUCCCAAAUGCAAAGGUGCAGAGGGGGUUUUGAGGAUGAGACCGUUAUGCAGACCCUCUACCAAAGGCUGCCUGUUGCCUGUACGUCCCAUUGACAUGAGUGUGAAUUUGGUGUGUAGUUCCCUCACAUAUUGUGAAGGACAUAAACACUGUGAGACAGCUAUGAGUGUUUGAGGGCCAAGGAAUUUUACCUAUUACAGAUUUCUUCCAGCUAAAACACUGUACAUUUUUAAAAAAGGCUUUUUUCCAAAGAAAAUACAGUGAAUUAGCCCAUAAUAGUUUAAUUGUUUAAAGUGUUUUACAGAACAUAUUUUUAAUGGGCAGUGCACUUUGUAAAAUAGGCACCAGGUGUGUACAGCAACUCAGUUUUCUAUACAGAUUUUUAAUAUAAAUAGCAUGCAUCUAAGCAGCAACAUGUGAAUUAAUAAUACACCUUUAUUGCUAUAUCAGUUUACUUCUCCUGCAGCAGCUCUUGUAAGAUUAGCAGUAUCUCAUGAAAACUCAUCUGCAUAGACUAUUAGAAAAUAUUCUCCCAAAGAGCCAAGGGAGAAUAAUGUGAUGAAUUACCAUGCAUGGGAAGUUUAGGAUUGUCAUGUCUACCAUUGCUAUUGAAGUCUUUGUGAAGGCUGGUAGUUUUAACCACUAAGUCGCUAGUUGAAAUUCAGCUCAGGUCAGCAGUAACCAAAAGGAUUUUAUCAUCUGCAGUUCUUUGGCCCAUGUAAAAAGUUUACCUGACUCAAGUCGGGGAAGGUGAGACCAGAUCCUGCUGCAUGACGCCAGUUCUGCUCAGUUGCGUUGCUGGCAAUGGUUUUUUCAUUUUGAUUUAACAGCUGAUAUAAAAUUUACCGUCUUGCUAGCAGACUUAUCAGAAAAAAACAAGUGUAGAAUGGGCCGUGGUGUUUGAAUUCCCCUCGCCCCUCUGGGGUUGUCCUUCCAGUACAGAAACAACGGGGGAAGCUUAUACUGGCCAUCACCCAUCAUACAGAAGGCAGGUUGUACGGCCAUCAGUAUCAGCUCCUUUUGUUAACAAUGUAUUUCUAGAAGAAGAUUCUUAUGAAGACAAAGGUGUCAAAAAGUGUUGGAUGGAUUAAGCCUUAAUUUGGGGAGGGGAGUGUUUGGGGAGGAGGAGAGACUAAGCAAAAAAGCCUGAGUUGAAAGCUGCAAUUUAUUUUCCUGCCUUACCUGUACUAAAAUAGCAACGCUCUUGAAACACAGUAACAAGUGCUGCUAUCCAAAGGUGCAAAACAAUACCAGCAAAGAUCAAACACUUAAUAUAGGCCAUUUAACAAAAUAAAGCUAGAUACAAAACUACCUUUGGGCUCUGCUGUGCCUUUUAGGUACAUCAGCUGUUUAGAGGGAGAGGGGAAGGCGGUAUGGCCCCAAUUGACUAGCUCAGGGUAGGGACAGACGAGCAAAAUAUAGUGAUGUCAGAGGUAGGAGCAGGGACUUCCAGUGCAGUAGCUGCUCCGAGGUGACUGUUGUUUGCCUGGUCUUACUUCGUGGUAAAUGGAAGUUAGUCCUAUUUCAUUCAGGGCCAGGUCACUAGUUUGCCUUUCACGUACUUAAGGGUACGAACAGACAGUGAAAAAAUUGCUAUGCAGCCUGCUUUCAAACUGCUGCGUGUUGUUGUCUGUCUGUAGCCUUAGAGUCCCAGUGCCUCCUGGAACACGUGACGGUUGUUAAGGAGGCAAUGCUGUGACAGCCAGCGUUAGAAAAAGGGGUAGAGCCAUCAGCCCCUUGCAGCCCAGUCUGUUAAACCUCCCCUUCCCAACUUUGCACUCAAACACACAGUCUGGUCAGUUUUCUUUGUUAGCUUUUUGUAUUUUUGGCUUGAUUCAAGCUUGAAUACUUUCACUCUAAUGUUUGAACAGUCUGUUGCGUAGGGGGAAGAUCAUUUAAAUAAAUGGACAGCAACUUUGCAUGUUUCUAGAUUGAUCAGGUGAAAAACCUUCAGGGGGCUUUUAUUAAUUGUCCAAGUCAUAAGGAGGCAUUGUUUGUACAUCCGUUGGAGUCAGCUUGAAAACGUACAUAAUUAUGUUAAGAAAAAUCCCACCGUGUAAUUAUUUUUUACCCCUAUACAUUUCCUUCAAACAAUUUGCCCAAUUCUGGAAUCAGAAAAAGACUUUAAUUGUUUCUUGUGGUCUUCAUGCAGUUUUAAAUGCAGCAUCUAACACAACGUUUGCUUUAAAAAUUGUAGUAGUUCUCUUAGCAUGUUUCAUGUAUAAUUAAGAUGAAGGAUAAAUUUUCAAAAGGUUUAAACUCAUUUUUGAACAUUGGACUUGGUCAUUUAGAUUUCUUAAAUGGCCAUAUCACUUUUAAAAAAUAGGAUUUAGGCUUCCUGAACAAUCGGGUGCAUUUGAAAAUUUCCCCCACAGUCUAAUUUGAAUGUGCAUGCAGAGACUUGGAUACUAGAGAUCAGAUUGUAACCUGAAGUGCACUGCAUGCAUACUGCUGGAUCACUUGCUUUCCUUUUGUGCUUGUGGAUCACAGAAGCAUAUUCCUGAAAUUAGGCAGUACUGUGCACCGCACCGUUGAAGCCCUGGUUCUUUUCCAUCUAAGUUGCUAGCAAAUUUUCUUUCUCUUCAUUGAGAUCAGGAGAAGGAAGAAAGCCUUGAAUUUGCUUGCUUCCCACUUUUACCACACCCUUGAAAAUUAAGUGGAUUGCUGAAUGUUGCAGUGCAUGAUUUGAAAUUUGCCUUCUUUCUAAGAAAUAAUACCCAAUACUUUAUGACCAAAACAGGUCAAUGUUACAACCUUUAGUGGGUGUUCUGCAUAAGUGAAGUCCAUAAAUGUUUUGCCUGAAUUACAAAUGCAGAAUUAGGACAUUUAUUUGGAGAUGCAGAUGGAAAGAGCCUUCUGUUUUCACAUAAUCUGGGGGUCACUUUUGGUGGUAUAGGUAAGCCAUAGGACAUUUUUAUAGGAAAUCUUGUUCACGUGACAAAAGGAAUGCUGAAUAAGUUCUCGCGCUCCCUGUGUUUCGCACUGAAUAACCACAUGGCAAUUUUUUUCUGGUUUUGUUUUUGUUUUUUCCAUUUGGAAUAUACUUUUCCUAAAAUAACGUCUCCUUCAGUUUAGUUGUCACUUUGGUGUGACUGUCUCUGAUUUCUAAUACACUACUUUUUACUUCUAUAUUCCAUUCGGUAAUUUGCUUCUGUGUACAUGCAAUCUUUUCUAAGGAAACCUUCAAGUAGGAGUAAUUGCACUGAUUUUUUUUUUUUUACUUUUUCUUUUUUUUUACUGUACCAGACUUCCUUUUGCAUCUGCUGUAGAUGGUUGCAAAUACUGUAAAUAGUGCUAUGAAUAGCAAACAUGAAAUGUUCUGGGUAUCAUUAAUUUUGUAUUUAUAUCUUGGAAAUACUGCCGGAUUUUACAGUAUUGAAAUAGAAGCUGUAGGGUCACGGUUAUGACAUGUUCUUGUUUUGUGUAUGCUGGAUAUGUCCACCAGGCACAGGUGUUCAUUGGUCGUAUGGAAAUAGUUUUUUCUUUAUUUACAUGAUCUUUCUCCUUUGCUCCUCUCUCCUUUAUGCACAUUUUGGUACAAAGUAUAAGAACAGUUUUUAAGCUAUCAAUAUGCAUAUUGCCUGUAAAGUAUUUAAAUACCUAUCCUUACUAUUAAUAUUAGUUAGCUAAAACAUUAAUAUCUAUUCUAUUAAACAUAGCUUUGUAAUACGUUUUUUCUGUCUCUUUCCACCACUUGACUCUGGCAUCAGAUUAUAAGGCAGCGGUUCUGAACCUUUUUCAGUCGGCAUGCCCCUUGGUCUCGGAUUGAGACUUCACAUACCCCCUUUCAAUGGGAAAUGAAUUUUUUGUUCAGAACCGCUGUUAUAAGGGAACCAGUCUGCUAGUCUGUGAGGCAACGUUAAUAAAAUCAUAGAGAUGGAAGAGACCGCGAGUCUGUUUCUCUCCUGGUGCAGGAUUUUCCUGUAUCGUCGGUUUUUCUGAUGCUUUGACCGAGGAAAUUUGCUAGCGUUGUUGCCUCCUUGGUCUCUUGCAUUAGAAAGCCAUCAGUUUAAUGUAUUGAAUCAAUUGUCAUUUCCUUCAUUAACCCUUAUGGGUAGGAGAGACACGAACUACAGCACUGCUGUUGCUGCAUACCGGUAGUGUGCUACACACAAGACAUCUCUGCUCCCAGCUCUAAGGUGAUGUACUAUAAUGGAAAGCCUCAAAGGAAUACGUAUGUCCUUUUUUUAAUCUCAAAGUUAUGUUUUUUUGCGUGCGUGUGGUGUGACAUGUAGCACAUUUGAAAGUGUGCUUCGGCUGUUUUUCCAUGUUGCUUCUUUUUCUAAAAUAUUGAAGUGAAUGUAUUGGCUUUGCCAGGUCACUACAGAGAGUGAUUUGCUAAUAUUCUUUAGUUAGCAAGCAGAUGCAGUUAAAGGCUACCUCCUGUAUUCUUCCACAGAUUAAUAUUUGUUCUUAAAAUGCAACUACCAUUCAUUGUGAACCGCCAAAAUCUUCCCCGAUGAACUGCAUUGUUGUUUGUUUGCUUCCGGCUUGAGUGUUAGCGUGCCACAUUGUCAUCUUAGCGUCUGCUUCCCACUUAUUCUGUCAAGUAAGGGGCAUGUUGGAGGAACAAAUGUUGUCGGGAUGCUGUCUGUCGGGAAGUUUGGGAAAUAGCGAGGAUGAUAACUUUACAAGUCUGGCAUGUUCCUCUUUGUUCUGGAUUAAUUAACAGUGAUACCCUUAAAACAGCUGUCAGCAAUCCUAGUAGUACAGUUUCCAUAUUGCUGUUUCCAAAUGAAAAUUGUUUUUAUGCUUUUGCCAUUUGCUGGAGAAGUAUAUCAUGUUUUAACUAAAGGUGACAUGAAGGUGCUUGAAAUUUUAUAUUUUGAACCUGAGGCAAAAAAAUAACAUUAGACUAUUUUUCUAAAAUACUUUUUAAGUAAUUUUACUUGACUGUAACACUGCAAAUAUAUAUUCCCUACUCAAAUCAUGACUGAUACAUUUUAAAUGAAACAAAAUGUCUGGAAGAUGUUCUCUUGAGAUUACUUUCUGUGUCAGGAAUGUGCAAGGCCUUGUCCAUAAUUCACUCUUGAAAUAAGUACACACUUACUAAAGGUGCUUUAAACUAUCUGAAGCUGAGCUGUAGAAAACUGUUAAUGCAUCAUAACUUGUUUACAAAUGAAUCCUGACAAGCUUCUUGUUUGAUGUUCUACCACUCUGCUGCCAGAAAUGUUAUCGGGUUAUUAACAGUAAGGUCAACUGGGUUAUAGUACAUUUCUAAAUGUUAAUGUUGUUUUCAAAUGUCUGGGCUCAUUAAGCUACAAAAAUCGGCACCUGGGAGGCAAGUAUAUCAAGUUUCUCUACUUUUUUGCAGUUCUCGGUCCCUGAGGUGCCUCGGCAUGGUCCCCACAGUUACUAGUGGCAGUUGGAUGCACUUUCUUGCAAUUAAAAAUAAGUUUCUCUGGAAAAAAAAAAAAAUAGGCAGCAGGUAGGGUAGAGAUGCACCUUAUAAAUUAACUAAUUCAGAGAUGCACAAGCUUUCUAAGCAACAGCUUACUUUGUCGGGUGCUAAAUAUAAAAUAUAAAGAUGAAAAAAAUACUUGAGUCGAUUGCUUAAUUGCAAAACGGAAGCUGGCCAAGUAUCAAACUCCUGAAUUCUUUUUACUUGGUUUUUACACAGUCCUUACUUGGGCAAAGCUCCCAGACGAGCGUAGAGCAGGGGUUGGCAACGUUUUAUGGGCAGAGUGCCAAAAACACCCACAACUUUGACUUGUAAGAAGUUGGCGUGCCAGGAGCGGAUGGUGGGGGAGCCACGAGGGGCCCAGUCCUUGUUGUGGCAGUGCUGCCCUGGCUCCUUCCCUGCUAUCCACCCCAAGGCACGUGUGCCAAGUAAAAUGCCUUUGUGUGCCCUGCUUUGGCACCCAUGCCAGGGAUUGCCUACCCCUGGUGCAGAGCAUAAGAUUUUGGCUACGUGUCAUGUGCAAUAGCAACUUCCCACUAAACAUUUCACUACCUCUUGUGUUAUGGAUCCAGUUGCCACACACUGUACUGGCUCUGGAAGAGGUGCCACCCAGGGGUCCACUGCAAGAGUGUUUGAACAAUAAGCCCAUUUUUGAUGCAAGCAUCAUAUCAUGCUUGCUACCUUUUUCCAGAGUUGGUUGUUGUCAGGCCCAGAUCAUCACCUGAGAGGCUGUGCCAAGAGGGGACCUCUACAGGAAAGCCUCCCUCCCCUAUAUGAAAGGGAGAGGAUGCCAUCUCAUUGUACCACGUGCCCAUCUUCCAAGAACUUGGGGUAUGGGGGAGCUAGAUAAGACUGUUCGCAACACUAUGUACUUGUUCAGGUGGGGUUUGGGUUUUCUCUGUGGCUUCUGAUUAGCUAGAAAGGACAUGGCCAACACUAACUAGCUCUAGGGGUGGAUAGACAAGUGACCCUGAAGGAUGAUGCAGACAGCUCCUGCUAGCACAAACCCUCAACACGCUGACCCUUCUCAUGUCACAAGGCUUGUCCCAAAGGAGAAGGCUAACAGACAACUCCACAAAAACCUCAUUUCCCUACCCCUGGCUUCACCCCAGACCGCCAGAGACCGACUCUGCUUGCCCAGGACGGUUGUGACCGGGGCACGGGUAUCUCCCACCCCUUGGUGGGGUGAACCAAGACCUGGACUUGGAGCUUUGUAGAAUGGCAAGAGAAUGGGUUCAUAGCCCAGGAUGUAGCCUUGCUAGUAACUUGUUCCAGUAGCCAGCAUAACUCCUUCAAGAGCGCUAUUAAUUACUCUUAAUUUGCUAGAUGGACUGUCACUCAUCAGUGGCCCUUUUACAACAAAUAAAGAGAAGCUAAAACCUGCUGGGACACCUGAAGCCUAGCAGGGACAGCCAACAUGAGGGCUGGCACCCAGCAGAGGCGUGUUUUUGUUGCUGUUUAUUAACAUUUUGGCUUUUUGCGAGAGCUCGGCAAAUCUCCCAGUCAACACAAGACAAGUCCAUUGUGCAGACCGGGAAUUUCAACACGGGGCAAGAUUAGGAAGGUAGGUGUCUGGCCUUUGUUCCUGCCUCUUCAGUGUCUCGCAAGAGUAUUUUAAGUUUUACGUGGGUUCAGGCAAAUUCUGCGCUUCCCAGGUUUCCGUGUGCAGCAUGUUGACACAGGUCACACGCACCACUCACCAGUUUCACAAGUGUGUCUGGACCGGCGAGUUAUUUGUCAGGCAUUGGAGUCUGUAGUCCAAGGGCUCCUCUGCGCUACAGACCCAUUGCUGCCAGUGGAGCCUGUUCAUACAGACGCUUCCAGGAGUCCUUUUAUCAAAGUAGCGGCACCAGCUCCGCAGACACUGUAAGGGACAGUGACAAAAGCUCCUGUCGGUGUGACCUGCCAGUGCCCACAAGAGGAUUUUGCUGGCGUAGUUCUGCUGGCUAAGGUGCGAAAACUAACAUUUCCAUCUACGUAGCCUGGUCCCAGGCUUUUUGUGUACCCACAACUCAAAUCAAUCAAAGAUCAUCUAAAAAUUGUUCCCAGCUCUCAUUAAAGUUAAUGGCAUCCACAUUUACAUUAACUGUCACGGCUCCAAGCCUUUGGUGUUGAAUUCUUUUUUUCCUUUAGAAAAGCAUUAGGCCUGAUGCUGCUGCCCUUUAAUCAAAUGUGAAGAUUCAUUGCAGAUUAUUUAAGACUACUCAUGUCAAUUGAGGAUUGAGCCCUUUUCUGUCCAUCUUGUGUGCAAGUGAUAAUAUCUUUUAAAAGAAAAGUAAGGUUGCUAACCACUUGUCUCAGUACCUCUUGAUGGAUUUAGUUUGCCUACUAUUCUUAUCAAUGUUUUAACGCCAGAAACACCCCUUAAUUAAAAUCAGAUUAAAUCAAAUAUGUCCAGCCUCUGCUUUUUUUUUCUUAAUUAGUUGGAUCCAGGCAGCUGCAAGUAGUUGAUCAUUUUGUUUCUUUAGAUACUGAUUUGUUUUCAAACUGGUUGUGUGAUAAGGCAGAUAUUGUAAGCUUACAUGGACAGGAAAAUAAUGGUUUUCAAAAGGGAUUGGUGGUAAGAGAUUAACAACAUUUAUUUUCACUUCUGGGGCCUAAUCUCUUACGACAGAUCAGGCAAGGUAAAAUCAGUGUUAAUGUAGUUUUAUAGUCUGUAAAACCAAAGGCAAAUGUAAACUAGCCAUAAAGGAGCACUGUUGUUCACAUUUUUUCUGUGCUCUGUCCUAAGGAAUGUCACUCUUCGUGUUCACUUAAAUGACUAACUUCAUGUGAGGCAAGCCUACAAAUCUGGGUUUUGGAGGGUGGGAGGAGGUUUCUUGCACAUACGAGAUCGUGGCAGUGUUGUGUCGCUCAGGCAAAUUGGUGCAACGUCAUUGGCUUCUGUAGAGUGUCCAUAGUUUGAUGGCAGCAGAACGUUUGGACCAUUGAAAUGUCAAUCAAGUUUAUGCAAAACUUCUGUAAAACCACGACCAUUUCUGUGCAGCAAAGUGGUUGACUGAUCAUGGGAGGGCGAGGUGGAAAAGAAUGUAUGGUUUCUCUCCAAGUCGUUCUUACCGUUGGUACGCUUCAGGUGCAAUAGAUCAGAUGUAACAAGCAUUUACUGAGCAUUUGUAGCCCUUGGUUUUAAACAGUUUUUCUAGGUUUUCCUCUUAUUUUUGUAAAAUAACUGAAAAAGAACCAAAAAUUAGCUCAAAAGUUUCGUAUUGUCCCUUCGAUGGAAAGGGUUUUUAUGACCGUUUAAAGUUUACUAUUUUUUUAAAGAACCUGAGAAGGGCCUCACUUCAAGCGGUACUAAAUGUCUAGUAAUUAGUUUAUUCCUUUGUGUUGCAUCCGUGUUGAACUGUCUCGUGCUUGCAGUCUGUAAACCGUGCAGCGCUGGGUUGUUACAGGCAGCGCUCGUCAGAACUCGCUAUCUGUACACGGCAGCUGCAUCCUGUAACGCCACGUUUCUUAGACGGCAAACUUCACUCAACACAUUACACUUGAUAACUUCUGAGCCUUCACGUAGAUGUAGAGUUUCAAAUACAUUGUAUGUAUCUUAAAUAGUUAAAUGCUUGCAUGAUGCUAUGUGGUGAUGCCACUUUAAAUUAAGCCUUAACAAGAUAUUAAAUUUGUCGAUUCCCAGAGUAUGCAAAAAUAGUUUAACAGGAGUAGGUUGUUCUUGUGGAGUUGAGACGAUAAAAGGAAAAGUCUUCUCCCCUGAUCAAUAAAGGGAAGCUUUUAGAGAUAUGCUGUGACUUUGCUGUCACUGUUGCUCUGUAGAAACUUGGUUUUUGUGCAUUUCUGUGGCAGUCUGCAGAGAUUCAGCAGCCUAAAAUCUCAACCUUUUGUUUUCUAACCAAUUGUUUUUCCCCUGAUUUGAAAUGUAUUCAUGCCUGAAGGAGGAUUAUGAUUCGCCGUUUCAAUGUAUGUCUAUGAACCUUUCCUUGAGUUCUGUGCUUUUGCCAGAUAGUGCCACCGUGCUCACUUCUCGUGACUGGCACAAUUCUUACAACCUUUUUAAUUAAUGGCAAACCAAGUGUUGUCGGGGACCCAGCUUUCCUUCCGAUUUGGAUCUACCUCAUUUAAGCAGUUGGGUGCUAUUUACUCAAAUUGUCGAUGAGAUCGGGAAAAGUGACCAAACAGUAAGCGAUGACUGACCUCUUCAUAGGCAAUACUCUGCAAACCAAAAUCCUUUUUUUGGUUUUUUGUAUUUGAGUUUUAUUCUUGUGCCUUUGUGUUGAGUCCCGAUGCAUAACAAUCAGAAGACAUAUCUAAUGAGCAGCAGCAAACUAAUUUUAACAGUGAAAUAAAAGAAACAAUGGAACGUAGUUUUAACAAAGCUAAAUAUCAAAGUUUAAAUAUAUUUUUGGUGUAUCAGACCAUAACAUGUACAGUAUCACAGCAGAAUUCUUAUAAUGUGAACAGAAAUUAAUAUCCAAUAACUAAUUUUUAACAAUGUGCAUCCCUAACUUUUUAUGUAUACCUCUUCAUUUAUGUACAUAUACACAUGCUAUCGGCAAGGUGUGUGUGUAUGUAUAUAAAGACACUGAAAAGGGUGGGUGGGUGUACAUAUGAUGAGUAAGGGAAGGCGAUGUUAGUGAUUUUUUCCAGUUUUGUAUUGAACAGUUUACAACUAUAUGCAUUUUUUCUACUACGUAAACCUUUUUUUACUUCAAAGUAAUUCCUUUUUGGAGAAAUGUUAAGUUAUGAUGUGCUAUCAUUUUUUGAAGUUUGAAGAAUUUGACUUUAUACCAGUAACUAAUACAGAGAGGGAAUCUUUUCUGUAAAUUGUAUUUAGUUUUAAUAUUAAAAAAAAAUCUAUAUAUGGAAUUGAAGAGUACCAACAUUCCUGAGUAGCAGGACUUAAGCUAUUUCAUAUGGCUUUUUUUGCUGCAGAGACUCAAACUUGGGAGUCACACUAGGGAGUCACACUAGGGAAACGCCUGUUUAAAGAUUUUAUAAAAACUGCUCCAUCAGGUCUAUACUUAGCUAUAUUUUCUACAGCCUAAUCAUCCUUUAAUAUGCUGCAUAUGAAUUAUCAGCAUUGUUGCACUUUCUCAGUAAUAAUGUACGCCCUGCAAUUGGCUCGUAACAAGGACUUUAGUUUUUUAACAAAACCAUAGUACUUUGGGCAGAAGGUAAUAUUUAUAUAGGUACCUCAAGAGAAGAAAAGAGCCUGAUUAUGCUGCAUUUUGUUCCUUUACCUUUUUCAUGUAGCAUCUUGUUUGCUUUGAUUAAUUGUUUAGUAUAUUGUUACUAGCUACCUGUUUUGCUUUUGGGGACCCCAGUAGCAUUUAGAGAGUUGUGUUUUAUUAAGCUUGUAGGAUGUAGUAUCCUUUCUUGUUUUAAUGCCGUAGUUUGUGUAAGGUUUACCUUCCGUUGUAUAGCCGGGGGGUGCUGGAGAAGUAUGCUUAACCUAUUAGUUCACUUCAGGAAAAGGAUACUACAUUGCUAAAACAGACAAUACAUGUUCCUUAAUCCUUUUUUGCUUGUGCUGCUUUCUUAACUCAAAUCCGAAAGAAAAGGUGAGCAACUCGUUAACUGAAGAAAACAAAAAGAAACCAAACCAAACCCUGCCCUAUUGAUCUUUUCAAUUCAGGCCAGCAAAUAAAAAGCAUGAUCCAGGCCGGGCCACGUUGCGUUCUCAAUGGCACACCCGCAACCCUCUGGAGGAAUUGCACCCAAAGUUGCCAAUCCAAGUGAAACGUGGCCUGCUGAUUUGGGACGUUUGGUUCAGUCUGACGACUCAGUUUUCUAGUUCUUCAUUUCCCCAGUAAUGUAAAAUGUCAAACGUGUGCAGAUGAGGAAUUAUCUUUGUUGAGAAGAACUGUUGAAGGAAGCUUCUAAGGCUGUGAAAUUUGAGCAUUUAUUGUCAUGUUUUGAAGUGGGUCCUUUUGAGUUUGUUUUAGAGCUUGCUAGGUGAAAUAGUUUGCACUACUUUUGCAAUAAACUCAUGAAAAAACUAACAGUUUCUGUUUGGGUUUCUUCCUGUGUGUAUAUAUAUAUGUGUGUAUAUAUAUAUAUACAUAUACGACUAAUACUAAAGAGUUAGCAUAGUGUUUUGUUCACCUCAAGACAUGAAACCCAUAAGCUCAAAAUGCUGUAAAUCCUGACAAAGGUAUGAUGUGAAUGAUAUUUUUUUAAAGUUAUUUUGUAUGGUGUCAGUUUUGUUUUGCCUCAUAGUAUGUCAAUAAAAAACAAAAUUCCUCAUCUUUCCAA